UCCGUCCAUAUUGGACAUUGGUGAGAGGGUUGGUGGAGGUCGGUAUGGUGUCGUCUACAAGGCCACUAUCACGAAGAAUGCCAACAUACCAGGAAUGGAGAAUCGUGAAUCCCAAGUUGUGGCCGUUAAGAAGAUUAAGGCUUCCACAGAAAGUCAAACAGCCAUGGAAGGACUCUAUGCUGAGUUGAUCCUCAUGGAAAGCCUUGAACACCAUCCCAAUGUAGUCGCUACUCUGUUUGGUGGUCUACUUCUAGGCAGUCCGUGUAUAAUCAUGGAGUACAUGUGUGGUGGAGAUCUCCACUCGUACCUCCGUCGACUCAAGUCCACCGUGGUGGUGUUGAAGAACGUCGAAACUAUUCUACCGCUCUCGAAGAUCACCGAUGUUAGUCUUCAGGUGGCCAAAGGCAUGGAGUUCCUGGCGGAAAAGCAGAUUGUCCAUAGAGACUUGGCAGCGCGGAACAUCCUCAUCCGAGAGCUCUCCGAGGAGUUUCUUGAAGCAAAGAUAUCGGACCUUGGUCUGUCCCGGAAACUGUUUGAUGAUCAAAUGUACCACUCCAAAACCCCUAGAGCAUUACCGUUGAAGUGGAUGGCACCAGAAUGCAUCAAGGAUGGAGUGUUCAGUAGCAAGAGCGAUGUCUGGGCCUUUGGAGUUCUGCUCUGGGAGGUGUUGACCAGUGGUGAGAUGCCCUACAGCAAUAUACCAGUGUUCAUGCUUCUGACAUCGUUCGACCAGGGAAAACGACUACACCGUCCGCAGUCAUGCCCCGAUGAACUAUACGAAGUGAUGUCAUCAAGUUGGCGCGGCGAUCCUGAAGAGCGACCGACAUUCAAAGAGCUAGUCAAGUCACUGUCUUAUCUUGACGACCAGACCAAGAACUACUUGGACUUCUUCGCAACUGACGGGAAAUUGCCAGCCGUACUUGAAGAGGAAGGCAAAGAGAAGGAUUCACGCUUGAUGGCCUUACCGGAAAUGGCGUUCAUACGAAGAAGGACACUUCAUAGUGGUGAUGACCAGCAUGAGGAUGGAGAGACUGAGCGAUAUAUUGCACAGCCGCAGAAAAGGCUGACAAAGAAGCUGUCAAGUUAUGUCACCACUGUUGAAGUUGCUCCGAGGAAGAAGCGCAGUGCCCCCUUUUGAUAGUGUGUGUGUGUGUGUGUGUGUGUGUGUGUGUGUGUGUGUGUGUGUGUGUGUGUGUGUGUGUGUGUGUGUGUGUGUGUGUGUGUGUGUGUGUGUGUGUGUGUGUGUGUGUGUGUGUGUGUGUGUGUGUG